UGAGCCGGCCAAUCUCAGCCUCGAGCCCGGCCCCAUUCAGUCGCUAUGUAGCAGCGGAGGAAGGUCUGCACUGGUUUUCUACAGAGGGAAGGGCCGCCGUGAUCGAAAAGGAUUUGACGUUAGAAGCUUCAUUUGUUUAUGAUGAUUCGUUCCCUGUUAGCGUGAAGGAGAUUCAUAUCGCGGUGCUGAUUUUUCAUCGUUUUUACUUAAAAAAAUGGCGAACGACUCCCCGGCGAAGAGCCUGGUGGACAUCGACCUGGCAUCCCUGAGGGACCCUGCUGGCAUUUUUGAGCUGGUGGAAGUGGUGGGAAAUGGCACAUAUGGACAAGUUUAUAAGGGUCGACAUGUCAAGACGGGACAAUUGGCGGCCAUCAAGGUCAUGGAUGUCACAGAGGAUGAAGAGGAGGAAAUCAAGCUGGAGAUCAACAUGCUGAAGAAGUACUCCCACCACAGGAACAUCGCCACCUACUACGGCGCCUUCAUCAAAAAAAGCCCACCAGGCCACGACGACCAGCUUUGGCUGGUGAUGGAGUUCUGCGGCGCCGGUUCCAUCACAGACCUGGUGAAGAACACCAAAGGCAACUCGCUGAAGGAGGACUGGAUCGCCUACAUCUCCAGGGAGAUUCUCAGGGGCUUAGCUCAUCUUCACGCCCAUCACGUCAUCCAUCGGGACAUCAAAGGUCAAAACGUGCUGCUGACGGAGAACGCUGAGGUCAAACUAGUGGACUUUGGCGUGAGCGCUCAGCUGGACCGAACUGUGGGCCGGAGGAACACCUUCAUCGGGACGCCAUAUUGGAUGGCUCCUGAGGUCAUCGCUUGCGAUGAAAACCCGGAUGCCACCUAUGACUACCGGAGUGACCUGUGGUCCUGCGGAAUCACGGCCAUCGAGAUGGCAGAAGGAGCUCCCCCGCUGUGUGACAUGCACCCCAUGAGAGCCCUCUUCCUCAUCCCCAGAAACCCUCCUCCUCGACUCAAGUCCAAAAAAUGGUCCAAGAAGUUCUUCAGCUUCAUUGAGGGCUGCCUGGUGAAGAACUACACUCAGCGCCCCCCCACAGAGCAGCUCCUCAAGCACCCCUUCAUCCGCGACCAGCCCAACGAGAGGCAGGUGCGCAUCCAGCUCAAAGACCACAUCGACCGCACCAAAAAGAAGAGGGGCGAGAAGGAUGAGACGGAGUAUGAAUACAGUGGAAGUGAAGAGGAGGAGGAGGAAGCAUCCGAGCAAGAAGGAGAGCCAAGCUCCAUCGUCAACGUGCCGGGCGAGUCCACGCUGCGCCGCGACUUCAUUCGUCUGCAGCAGGAGAACAAGGAGCGCUCGGAGGCGCUGCGCCGCCAGCAGCUCCUGCAGGAGCAGCAGCUCCGCGAGCAGGAGGAGUACAAGCGGCAACUACUGGCUGAGCGGCAGAAGCGUAUUGAGCAGCAGAAGGAGCAGAGGCGGCGGCUGGAGGAGCAACAACGGCGUGAGAGGGAGAUGAGGAGGCAGCAGGAGCGCGAGCAGCGCCGUCGUGAGCAGGAGGAGAAGCGCCGCGUGGAGGAGCUGGAACGCCGCCGCAAGGAGGAGGAGGAGCGCCGGCGAGCUGAAGAAGAGAAGAGGAGGGCUGACAGGGAGCAGGAGUACAUCCGACGCCAGCUGGAGGAGGAGCAGAGACACCUGGAGAUCUUGCAGCAGCAGCUGCUGCAUGAACAAGCCAUGUUGUUGGAGUACAAAUGGCGGGAACUGGAGGAGCAGCGCCAAGCCCAAAAGCUCCAGAGGCAGCUUCAGCAGCAGCAGGCCUACCUGCUGUCCCUCCAGCAGAACCAGAACCAGAACCUGGACAGUAGCAAACAGAUCAUCAACCCCCCCAAGAACCUAGAUGCCAGCAGUGUAAAGCAGCAAGAACAGCAAAACCUUGCAGAUGUUUCUGAGAAGAAUUCUGAUGCUCCUGCCUGUGACCUCCAAAGCUCUCAAUCCGAGGCGGUUGCCGAGGCUGAUGAGCGGUACCGGAAGAACAUCCAGGGUUCUCCUCAGUCGGCACAAAGUAAACCGCCGCAGCCACCGGUGCCGCCGCGCUCCGAGUCAUCCUACCCCAACGGGAACGCAGAAGCCAUGCACCGGCCUGGGGAGGCACAGGUCCGUGCCCUAAAAAGCGGCGCCCUAGCCCCGUCGUCCUCCCCCGCCGCCGCCCCUCCGCCCGCUGUGUGUCGCUCGCACUCCUUCAGCGAGCAGCUCCCUCCCGCCUUUGACGGCCUCCAUCUCCGCCACAGCCAAGAACAUCACCUUCACCCUUCAUCUUUAUCACCAUCAUCAAAUCCUGCACGCACUGACCCACACCCCCACCCCCAGACUAGACCCUCGCCUCACGAACCUUCUCCAGAGGUGCCCCCCACGGUCCCCGUCAGGACGACAUCCAGGUCGCCGGUGUUGCCGAGGCGAGACUCGCCUCAUCGGCAUGGCAACACGCCACACAGUGGCCACGCUGUGAACCGCAACGCUGGCAGUCCCGCCGAGCCUCGGCUGCUGUGGGAGCGAGUGGAGAAGAUGGUUCCCAGAUCGGCAGGCAGCAGCGGCAGCGGAGGCUCCAGUUCCUCCAGCAGCUCCUCCAGCAACUCCGGCUCUCAGGCUGGUUCUCACUGUGGCUCUGGAGAGCGCUUCAGGGCCCGCACCUCCUCCAAGUCUGAGGGCUCGGCCCUUAAGAGGGCGGACAAAAAACCGGAGGAGAGGAGGGAGGCGGUGAGGCCAAGCAGACCAGCGGACCUGACGGCCCUGGCCAAGGAGCUGCGGGCGGCUGACGACGUUCGCCCGCCAAACAAAGUCACGGACUACUCGUCUUCCAGCGAGGAUUCGGACACCACGGACGAAGAUGAUGACGAGGAGGUGGACCAGGAGGGAGGCGAGGAGUCCACUUCGGGCCCGGAGGACACCAGGGCGGUGUCCUCCCGGCUGAGCAACGGCGAGACGGAGUCGGUGAAAACGAUGAUUGUUCACGACGAGGGUGAGAGUGACGUCGGCUCCACGCCCUGCAAAGACAGCACCCUGGUGGUUCGGCAGAGUGCAGGUGAUAACAAAAAGAGGCCGGGCCCCGGCAUUGGCCACGCCUCCCAGGGCCCCGUCCUGCAGACGGGCUUCAGCCCCAGUCCCGGCUCGGCGUCGAGCCCGGGUCUCGGCCAGCACACGCCCAGCCCCCACCACCAACACCACCACCAUCAUCACCACCAUCACCAUCAUCCGCAUCACCCCACACAGCAGCCGGACAGGAACGGCUUUGCGGGUCGCAUCCACCACCUCCCAGACCUGAUCCAACAGAGCCAUCAUUCCUCCCCUUCCUCCUCUGCAUCCACCUCACCCUCCUCCUCCAGCCUCGCCAGCCCCUCCAUGUCCCCCCAGAGUCCACUGGACAAGCUGGGCAUCCUCAUGGAGAGUCAGUCUAGUAACAACAUGCAGAAACACAAGUCGUCCUCCUCCUUCACGCCCUUCAUUGACCCCCGCCUCCUGCAAGUGUCUCCAUCCACCGGCAGCGCCCUCAACAACGUCGGCUACGGCAACGAUGCCCGACUGGCAGAGGCGCUGAGGGCCGACCCGUCCCGGAAAGGUUCCGUGGUCAACGUCAACCCGGUCAACACCCGCCCGCAAAGCGACACCCCCGAGAUCCGCAAGUACAAGAAGAGGUUCAACUCGGAGAUCCUUUGCGCUGCACUCUGGGGCGUGAACCUGCUGGUGGGAACGGAGAGCGGUUUGAUGCUGUUGGAUCGCAGCGGUCAGGGCAAAGUUUACCCGCUCAUCAACCGACGACGCUUCCAGCAGAUGGACGUCCUGGAGGGACUCAACGUCCUGGUCACAAUAUCAGGUAAGAAGAACAAGCUGCGUGUUUACUACCUGUCUUGGCUGCGGAACAAGAUCCUUCACAACGAUCCUGAGGUGGAGAAGAAGCAAGGCUGGACCACCGUAGGAGACCUGGAGGGCUGCGUCCACUACAAAGUCGUCAAAUACGAGAGGAUCAAGUUCUUGGUCUUGGCCUUGAAGAACUCUGUGGAGGUCUACGCCUGGGCUCCCAAACCUUACCACAAGUUCAUGGCCUUCAAGUCCUUUGGUGACCUGGUGCAUAAACCUCUGCUGGUGGACUUGACCGUGGAGGAAGGCCAGAGGUUAAAGGUCAUCUACGGCUCCUGCUCAGGCUUCCACGCCGUGGAUGUGGACUCCGGGGCGGUCUACGACAUCUACCUACCCACGCACAUCCAAACCCACAUCCAGUCUCACGCCAUCAUCAUCCUGCCCAACACGGACGGCAUCGAGCUGCUGGUGUGCUACGAGGACGAGGGCGUCUACGUCAACACGUACGGACGCAUCACCAAGGACGUGGUGUUGCAGUGGGGGGAGAUGCCCACCUCAGUGGCCUACAUCCGCUCCAACCAGAUCAUGGGCUGGGGUGAGAAGGCCAUCGAGAUCCGCUCGGUGGAGACGGGCCACCUGGACGGCGUCUUCAUGCACAAGCGAGCCCAGAGACUCAAGUUCUUGUGCGAGAGGAACGACAAGGUGUUCUUCGCCUCGGUGCGGUCCGGAGGCUCCAGUCAGGUGUACUUCAUGACCCUGGGCCGCAGCAACCUGCUCAGCUGGUAGACCUUCUUCCUCCUCUUCCUCCCAGUCCUCCGCCCCCGCCCUCGUCAACACUGGAUCUCAGAACCCACCGUCCACGUCUCGGACCGCCAAGAGAACCGCAGACUGGACUCCACCUUGUGUCGGCAGCGUGACAAAGAUCGCAGUCACGUGGGCGCCCCCCCCCCCCCCCCCCCCCCUCCCUCUUCUCCCACCCCGCACUUCCUGAUGUCAGCCGCACAGGAAGCUGACAGGGAAAUGAGGAAGUUGUGGAUUCACGGAGGAGGACGUGGAAGUCUUUUCCCGGCGCUCCUGGACUUCUUCUAACCGCCAGAACCGCUUACUCGCUCUUUCGACCGCUAGAAUCCUCCUCCUCCACCCCCCCUCAUCCCUUCGGCGGCAAGUCAAAAUGGACUCUCCAUCACUUCCUGUCAGUGUUGGAUGAGGUCGGACGGGGAAUGGCUAGAGGAAGUGACACGGCGAUGGAUUCCAGAGUAGUAUUUUUCAAUUCUUAUUCCUCCCACAUGAGCGUGAAUAUGUGCAGUUGUUCAAUUUGUCUUUGACCUUUUUUUUAAUUUUAAUUCUGAUUAAUAUUAUUAUUAAUAUUCAUAUUGUUUUCAAAUGCACAUCCACCCUCGUGUCCACCGUCUGCUUGCUUCCACCCACAGAGGGCGACGUGUCUGUCUGCACAGAAUGUGUGCGUACCAAAAAAGUCAAUAAAGUUGUGUAUGUAAAAAAUAUAUAUAAAUAAUAUUAAUAAUAAUAAUGAUGAUGAUGAUGAUGUAAUCUUGCAAAGAUAAGUGGUGAAACAUGACCGUGACUCUCAGCUGUGAAUACGACAUAAUGGAUUUAUUCAGGUAUAUGUGUGUGUGUGUGUGUGUGUGUGUCCAAAGCAUGAGACAACCGUGAUGAUGUCCUGAUGAUUGACAGCUGGGUCACAUGUACAUAUAUCCUUGGAUGGGGGAGGGGUUUAUCAGGACGUUUGUGUGUGUGUGUGUGUGUUUGCAUCAAGGCUGUGACGGUGACUAAAAAUGGCUCGCAGUGUCGUUACCUCUCCUCAAGGUGUCGGGGGCGGGGUGUUUUUACGUGUCGGGCCGCCCACGUGGACGACUGUUGCCGUGGUAACGUAUCUUAGCGCCUGGCCAAUCAUAAGGCAGCCUGUGCUAGCGUGAGAUGUGACAACAUACCGUGGUAUUUUCCUACGUAGGCAAGAAUCCUGACGACGUCAACGUCUACUUUCGGUUCAUGACGGCAUGUUUUGGUAGAAUUGGCCAAGAAUCCUACUGAUUUUGAAUAUUCCCCCUGUUCAAGUCCAAAUCAGGACAGGAAGUCGGUCCGGUUUCCUUGUCAUGUCUUAUUACUUUUCACUCUUGUGAAACGUGUCUUGUAGGUUUUUCAACACGACAUGAAUAAAUCCUUGCUGUUUCGGGGUUGAAUGCGGCCUGUUAUUGGUCAUCAAAUAUAUAUGUUUUUUUUUUUUUUCAAACAUUUUGAUGCUUGAAAAUGUUUUUAAUUUGACCAACAAACUUGGAAAAUUUGCUUAUAUUUAAAUAUACAUUUA